AUGCGUAAACCAUUACAUAAAUAUGCAAUUGUCGAAGACCAUGUAACAACAAGAGACUUGCUAUCUGCCUUUGAAGAUGAAUGUAACCCUACAAUGAUCGACGCCCCAAAUCAGUACAUAGCAGGUGCGGAUAUAUCGAGUAACGAUGUUAGGCAGACCUCGGAUAUUGGGACAUCCUCUGGUCCACAACAUGGUCAAUACUGUGAUUUUGGUGAUGCAACAAAUAAAUGCGUCCAUUGUGGGGCUUUGUUUUGGUUUGAAGAAAGGAAGAAGAAUUUGUCAACAAACGCAUCGCCACUGUUUAUGUUGUGUUGCAACAAUGGGAAGAUCAAGUUGCCGGAGAAUAAGUUGCCACCAAAAGAACAAGGCAAAGAACCUCAUUUUGCCCAGUUAUACAUAUACGACACGGCAAAUGAAAAGAUCAACCGUAUAAAUGCUGUGAGGGGUAGUGGUGAGCAAGAUGACAUUCAUGUAGAAAUAGUGAAUGUCAUUCAGAAAGACCUCGAUGAAAAUAAUGUUUUGGUUAAGUCUUUUAGGAUGGCUAUGUCUGAGCUGGAUAUUAAUCCAUGCGCCGAAGUCAAAAUAAAGUUGUUGGGAAAACGAACUAGAGAUGCGAGGACAUAUAAUCUCUCGCAAGUUUCUGAAGUAGCAGCUUUAAUUGUGGGAGAUCUGGAUACCAGUAUUGGAGAGCGUGAUAUUAUUGUUCAAUCGAAGGGUGGCCACCUACAGAGGAUAAGUGAAUUAAAUCCUUCAUACUUACCACUGCAAUACCCUAUUUUGUUUCCAUAUGGCGAAGACGGUUAUCGGGAAGACAUUGCAUUUGCGAACGUAGUAGGCAAGCGCUCUUCAGGUGGUAGACAGAGGAUUAGUCCCAGGGAGUCUUUUUGCUACCGCAUACAGUCUAGACAGUCAGCUCCGAGUACCAUAUUAUUUGCAAAGCGGUUGUUCCAACAGUUUGUUGUAGAUGGCUACACAAUGGUUGAGUCUGGAAGACUAAUUUUUAUAAGGACACACCAAAAAAGCCUAAGGUGUGAGAGUUAUAGUGGAUUGACUGAUGCUUUGACAAGGGGUGAAAUAAGCCCGGCACCCCAAGGUCGCAGAAUAAUACUACCUUCAAGUUUUACGGGUGGUGCUAGAUACAUGAUACAAAACUACCAAGAUGCAAUGGCAAUAUGUAGAUGGAUUGGAUACCCAGAUUUAUUUAUAACCUUUACAUGCAAUCCGAAGUGGCCUGAGGUGCAACGCUUUUUAAAAGAUCAAAGGUUGAAGCCAAAAGAUCGGCCGGACAUAAUUUGCCGAUUAUUCAAGAUUAAGUUGGAUGCUUUGAUAGCUGAUUGUCGAAAGAAUAAACUAUUUGGCCCUGUGGCUGGAGUCAUAUAUACAAUUGAGUUUCAAAAGCGAGGUCUUUCGCAUGCUCAUAUAUUACUUUUUUUUGAGAAAAGUAAAGAAGUUAGGCAAGUUCUUACUCUAGACAACAUAAUUUGCGCAGAGAUUCCAGAUGAAAAGAAAGAUGCAGAGUAUUACCAAGCGGUAGAGGAAUUUAUGAUGCAUGGUCCAUGUGGAAAAGCGAGGACCAAUUCUCCAUGUAUGGUAAAUGCGCGAUGCUCUAAACAUUUUCCUAAGAGAUUUGUUGAGAGUUCUACAUUUGAUGAAGAUGGUUACCCGGUAUAUAGAAGGAGAGACAAUGGCAGUGUAGUUACAAAGAACGGGAUCGCCUUGGACAACAGGUAUGUGGUACCGCACAAUAGAUAUUUAUUGCUCAAGUACAAGGCUCAUAUAAAUGUCGAGUGGUGCAACCAGUCACGGUCAAUCAAGUACAUGUUCAAGUAUGUUAACAAGGGUCAUGAUCGGGUAACCGCCGAAUUUUACAAAACAGGCAAUGAUGACGAGAAUGGCAAAGCAAUAGAUGAGAUAAAUAUGUACUAUGACUGUAGGUACAUAUCCCCGUAUGAAGCGGUUUGGUGUCUGUUUGGUUUUGAUAUACAACUUCGGGCGCCUUCAGUGGAAAGGUUAAGCUUUCACCUUCCUAAUCAACAGAGUGUGAUAUUUGCAGAUGAUGAUGCUGUUGAGAACAUUGUGAAUAGACCUACGAUAGCACAGAGCAUGUUUUUGGAAUGGUUUGAAGCAAAUAAAACAUACCCCGAUGCGAGAGAACUUACUUAUGUUGAGAUGCCAACACGAUUCGUUUGGAAGAAAGACCUUAGAAAAUGGCAGCCACGAAAGAAAGGGUUCUCAAUAGGACGUAUAUUCUAUGUCCCGCCAGCUACUGGUGAAAUUUUCUAUUUGAGGUGUUUGCUGAACAAAAUCCGUGGCUCUAAAAGUUAUGAAGAUAUUAGGACUGUAAAUGGGGUGCAAUAUGACUCAUUCCGAGUUGCAUGUUAUGCAAGGGGUUUAGUUGAUGAUGAUAAAGAAUAUGUUGAUGCAAUAGAUGAAGCCAGUCAUUGGGCGUCAGCAGAUCAAUUGAGGAGAUUGUUUGUGACAUUGCUAAUGAGCAGUUGCAUGGGGAAACCGAAAAUAGUUUGGCAUGCUGUGUGGCAACAUCUAUCAGACGAUGCACAAUUCAACGUCCGUAAACAACUGCAGAACAGAGAUUUUGUGUUGACCGAUUCGCACAAAAUGAACUUUGCUUUAGUAGAGAUUGAGAAGCUAUUAUCUAAUCAUGGUAAGAGUUUGAAGGACUAUCCUGAAAUGCCAACGGCAAAUUUUGGUGCCUUAAACGUUAUUGCAAAUAGGUUUGUUCAAGAAGAAUUAGCAUACAAUUGUGGCGAACAGGAGAAAGAGAAUCAAGAUUUGGAAGGGGGGUUAUUUUUCGUUUAUGGUUAUGGAGGGACCGGUAAGACUUUCUUGUGGCGAGCACUUUCUUCCGCAUUAAGGUCUAAGAGUCAGAUAGUGUUAAAUGUUGCUUCUAGCGGCAUAGCUUCGCUUUUAUUACCUGGUGGGAGGACGGCGCAUUCUCGGUUUGCUAUACCGAUAGCUGUUAAUGAAGAUUCCACAUGCAACAUACGUACCGGCAGUGAACUGGCAGAACUGCUUGUGCAAACCAAGUUGAUAAUUUGGGAUGAAGCCCCAAUGAUGCAUAAAUUUUGCUUUGAAGCUCUUGACCGAACUAUGCGGGAUUUGAUGCGCUUCAUAAAUCCAAGGAGUUCUGAUAUGGCAUUUGGUGGUAAAACAGUUGUUUUGGGGGGCGAUUUCAGGCAAAUUAUUGGGUGUCAAAUUGAUGGGGAGUCCGAGAUUACUGUUCCAGAAGAUUUGUUGUUGAAGUGCGUAGAUGACCCUAUUGCUACAAUUGUUGAUAGCACUUUCCUUAAUUUCCGACUGGGAAUUGCCGAUUUGUCAUAUCUUAAUCAUAGUGCAAUUUUAGCUCCAACAUUGGAUGUGGUAGAUGCCGUUAACCAAUACAUGAAUGAUCAUAAUCCGGCUGAGGGUAAGACAUACUUGAGUUGUGAUUUUGUGUGUAAGUCAGAUGCAAAUGUUGACAUGUUAGCGGAUUUGCACACUCCCGAAUUCUUGAAUGCCUUGAGAUGUUCUGGAGUACCAAAUCAUGCUUUGACAUUGAAAGUUGGAUCACCUGUUAUGUUAUUGCGAAAUAUUGAUCACACACUAGGAUUAUGCAACGGUACAAGGUUGAUUGUUACAAGUUACAAUGGAAACCCAGACUGA